GGUAGCAAAAAAAAAAAAUAGCCGCGGUUCUAAGGAAGAAGACAAUGUCUGUGAGCAACAGGUUUACAGGUUUUCAAUAGUUUUCAAUUUUUGAUACUAAUAAUAUUAUGUAUGUAAAAAAAUUUAAAAAUAACAAUAUUUUUAAUUUACCUACGGCGUGAGUGCGUCACUCAAUAGUCAGUAUGCUUACUACGCCACUCGUUUUUGUUGGUCUUAUUGUUUGUAGUACGGCAUAAGAUGUUUAUUGUUGUUGUUAGUUCGUUGGCAACACAACGGAAACGCAGUGGUAGGAGAUGCAUCCCAGUAAUGCUAUGACCGCAAUAACGGUGGAACUAGUCGCUGGAGACAGUAGCCACCUCCAGUGAUAGAUUUACAGAUCGUUGACGAAGUGUUUUGCAUUUACAGUUUUCCGCGGCAGUCGAUUCCAUUUGUUAUACCUCUUGUAGACGGUGACUAAUACCUAUGGUGUAGUGACAUCCGGUCAGCCAUGCAAUGUCAGUUUAGCGGUAUCGGAUCUAUGGCGGACAACAGGAAGAAAACCACCAUCAGCGACACGUUACCCAAACCGGGAAAGGUCAACUCUGGUAAAUAUUAUUAUCGUUAUCUUAAAUUUAAUUUUCCUGUUUAUUUUUUGUACCCACAUAUUCACUUUGUUAGUCAAUUUAGUAGAUCUCUAGCUAUUUUUGCCCAUAUUUUUUGUGUACAAUCAUGUCCUAAAUUCGCUCAACAAAAAAAGUGGUGGGUGAUUUUAUAUUUUUUGUGACUUUCACUUUUCAAUUAUUGUCUUGGAGCACAAUAACACAUCCGUAUAACUUUAUUAUUAGUCUAACAAUAUUUUAGUGAUUUCGUUUUGGUCCAAUAACAAAUUUAUUCCAAUUUGUUAAGAUAUAAUCAACUCGUUUUUUUUUUUUAAAUUAAAUUUUACCUGGUUUAAGAUUCUAAGUGGAGCGAAAAAGCUUAUGGUUUUAAAAAGAUUUUUAUUUUUAUCUGUGCGUAACUUUUCUACUGAGUCUUGCUACGAUUUUUAAGUGUAGAAAGCAAAUCUGAAAGAAAAUCGGUGUGAGGAUGUACUUUUUAAGGAGAUCAUUUUUCGAUUUUCUCAAGAGUUUUCUCAUCAAAUAUGAAAAAUCGAUAAAUUAAAUAAAUUAUAUAAUACCUGUUUAAUUAUUUUACCAUAAUAUGACAUAUAUAUUAUAUGAGAUGUCAAAUCAUUUUUAGUUCUAAAUCAAAUAUAAUUUGAUACAUAUAAUAAAUAUAAACAAUUUAUAUUUUUUACAUUAAGAGUUUUGUAUAGAUGAAUUACAUGGAAACCAUAAGAUUUACAAAGAAUAAACUUCAAAAAGGAGUUUGACAUUAUAACAAGUGGACUAAGAAUUGGAUUAGCUGCAUUUCCCUGAAUUACUAUACCAUAAAUACAAUGGACUGUGCUAGAACUAGGGUAACUAAAUGCAAAAACAUUAAAUUGAGAAUAUUCUUAAGCAGUUUAAAUUUAAAAAACAAUUUUUGUACCAUAUCUACUACAUGAUUUAUAUGUAAAGAACAUCUUAAAUUUUUAUCAAAAAGCACUUCCAGAUAUUAAUUAAUUCAACAUAUUCAAGUUUAUCACAUUUACAGAACGCUAAAGACCUAUUAACAAUAUGAUAAGUGAACUUUUAAAUGAUUAUAAAUCAAACUUUUAUUAUUAUAAAUAUCAAAAUACGUCUAUUUAGACUUACAAAUAUUUAGUUCUAGUAAAUUAUUUUCAAACCAGUUAACCAUAUUUUCUAAGCUAAUCACAGCUAAAUUAAUUAAUUCUUUACUCAAGGUACUACUAACUUUAAUUAAAUUAUCGUCAGCAAAACUGAUAAUUUUAGCAUUCAAGUUUAAACCAAAAAGACCAUUUAUGGUAUAUAUUAUCAAAAAUAGUGAACCUAAAACUUUUACUUGUGGUACGUCAUAGUUUAUAGGUAAAAAAUUACUCAAAUCAUUAUUGAUCCUAACAACUUGAUAUCUACCAGAUAAAAAAUAUGUGAAUAAAUCUAAUGCUCUAAUUUAUAAUAAUUUAAUAAAAAUAAACUAGCCUAAUAAUAAAUGUGUUUUACACAGUAUUCAAUUUUGUCCACAACUUUUAGAGAUCUGAAAAAAAAGUUAUUGAAGAUUUCUUAAAAUUCCAUGUAAUUUUAAUGCAAAAUACCAAGAGCUCUCGGUGGCACUUAUAAAUACUAAAAUAGAAUGCCUUAAUUUUGAAUACCUUUUUUUUUUUUUUUGUAAAAGAGGCAUUUUUUUUUUCAUUAGUUAACAUGCAGAUUUACGGUUUGUAAAUGUAUUUUAAACAAUUCAACAUAAUUUUUAAAGAAUUCGGUAACCUAGUAUAUUAUGCUUUUGUGCAGAAACCUAAAUAAAUUUUAUUUAUAAAUAGUUGACAUGGCAUUUUUAAAAUUGGUUUGUUUGAAUUCAUGUUUAAAUUAACAAUAGGUCGUAAUAACUAUACAAAGAUACUUAUUUCUUCUUUUGAAUUAAAUCAAUCAUCAUCAUUAUCAAAAAAAACUCAUAAUCUAAAACUUGGUCCAAAAGGCCAGUUUAGCUUAACAUCUAAAUCAUUACCGGUAUUAUUUUACUUCUUUAUUCAAAAUUUUACUUGAAGCUCUCUGAGUAUGUUUUUAAUUUAUCUGACUGUGCAAUGUAAAUUUUAUCUUUUAAAUAUAGUAAAUAAAUAUAUAAAUAAAAAAUGUACAUAUAAAAUAAAAAGGAAGGAUCUAGAUGGGACUUUAAUGUAUAUCUAUAAGCAAUGAUAAACCAUUACUUACGAAAAAAACGAUUCUGCGCCGAGUUUAGUUGAUAGUGAUGUUUUAUCAACAAUAUAUAUGGCAUUUUAUAGUAAAAGAAAAAAAAUAAUUAAAUAAGCUCCAUAUGUUUUCUUCAAUAAAAUUUGUUUAAUGUUGUAUUGAUUUUCCUACAUUUUCCCCAUGUUUUAUCCAGGUUUUUCACUUUUUCUGGGAAAACUUGAGAAAAAUCAAAAAUUGACCCCUCUAAAGUACCGUAUCUCCCUAGAGAAAUUUCCCUUUAAAAACAUUUCUAUCAUUAAAUGUUGAAGAAAAAUAGCUGUUAGAAAAGCUGUGCACAAAAAAAAAAUGCCGUAAUAUAUUUUAAUUAAUCUACAUUUCUUUUAUAUUUUUUUUCGAUUUCACCUUUUACCUUCAAUAUGAGUUUAGUUAGUCAUAAAAAAUUAAUUUAAUUAUCUGCAGGAAUGGAAGUUAAUUACUUUUUAAGUAUUCUUAUAUGAUUUUAUAAAAAAUAGUUAUUAUAUUGAUGUUUAUGAUGAGAUCUUGGUAUCUUAUGAUGUUAUAAUUUGCUAUGUCAUUUAAAGAUAUCUUAAUUUUUCUAUAAGUUUAACCUAAUACAACCAAAGACUAGCAUAUUUUUAAUCAAUUAAUUGUUAUAAUAAAAGUUGUUAUUUAUCUUUAAAUUAUCCCUAAAUUCUUUAAUAAAGUCUGAUUGUUAAUCUAUCAUACCAUUAUAAUAAUCCUAACCUAUCAUAAUAUUAUAAUUAUUACCUAUUAUUAAUUACUACUAUUGAUAUUAAAUAAGUUUAUUUUUUCUUAAUAUUUGCCACUUUUCUCAAUUAUUUUCAAACCAUGUCAAACACUUUCAUCCUUGUCUCUGUUAUAAUAGUUUUACUUUUAGCCCUUUCAAAAUGGAAACAAUCUCUGAUCCAUUUAAGUAGAUACACUCAUUAUCUCGGAAAGUAUUAACUUUUUCUGGAAUUUGUUUUCUAGAACAUUUAAGAAACAAGCUGCUCUUCAAUUUUAUAUUUAUGUUAUUUUUUGUCACUUUUAUUUUUGGGAGAAAAACCAUUACUUACUUUUGAUUUUCAAAUGACAACCUAUAUUAACAAGUCCAUUAAUAGAUGGAAUAUAAAAUAAAUUUAGUGUUGAAAAUUGUGAUUUUCGUCAAUCUGUGAUAUUCCGUUUUUAAGUUUGAGUUGGAGAAGAGUAGUGGAGUAUCAUUUGUGUGGCAGUAUGACAUGCGGCGUUUUUAUAAUGAUAUCGCUUGAUAUCUUCAGAUUUCUUAUAUUUUUAGUACAUUUUUAACAUUUGAAGUUUUUAAGGCAUAUAAAUAUCUGACUUACCAAUAUGUAUUUCAAACAUUUUUGAAAAAUAAAUUUAUAAUAAUAUAAAUAAUAUAUUUAUUAUAUUUUAUUGUAUCAAUAUAAAAUAAAUAAAACCUCUAAUUCAAUAUAAAAAUGAUUAACUCAACUUGAACCAAACUCAGUCUUCUUCUUCUUUGACUUCAUCCCAAUUAUUUGAAGACUGCCACCCUCAUCCUAAACUUCCACUUAAUCCGAGACCCCACAUUGUCUUGAAAUAGAAAUAGACUUGCCAUCCUCUUAUCAUUCUUAAUUGCAUUCAAUCACAUCUUUUUCAGUUUUCUUCUCCCCCUCUUUCUUCCUGUACCUAUUUACAUUAAAAUUCUUACUGAUUCUGAUUCAUCUAUCCUCAUGACAUCAAACCAUCUUAUGUCUAUUUUCUUUUUUUUAUCCACUAUUGAAAUCAGUUUUUUUUUAUUUUAAAAAAAUAUAAGAAAAUCAUAGUAAAUUUUACAUUAGAUAAAUUCAAAUCAGAACAAACUAUAGUUUGUUACUAUAAAUAGUUGAAGUUACAAUGGUUAAAUAAUAAUCAUGUCCAUAAGACCAUAAAUAAUAAAGUCUAUCUUACACAUUAAUACAAUUUCUAUUACAAACCUUAUUUAAUAUUUCUAUAAAUUAUUAUAAUUUUCGUUGGAAAAUAGUAUAAUUACUAUUACCUUUAUUUACCUCAUAUACCUUUAAUAAAUGCUGUUAAAGGUAUAACAUAUAAACAAAACCUAGUAUAAUAUGUUUCUAAGCAUAAUAAAAAGUAUUUUUGUUUAUGAAAUCAAUAAAUUGAAUUUGUAUAAGUAGUAAUGUAAAUUGGUAAUAUUACUUUGGUAAAGUAUUUUAAAAUAAGUAAUUUAUCGGUUAAGUAAUAUAUAUAAAUUAUUUUACUACUUUAUGAAUAUUUAAUUUUUUUAAUUUUUAUAAUCAUAUUUCAUAUAUUCUGAAUUCGGAUAUUCAUAUCAUCAUAUACCAUGUUGUAUAGUUAUAUUUAUUAUUUAUUAGUGUUUGGACCAAGGUGUAUUAAUCCACUUUGCCAUCUUGGUUUGGACCCUUUGGGGCUGAUCGUACGGAUUAGUGUUAACUGAUAAAUAAAAAUAUUAAUAUAUAAAUUACAAUUUAUUAAGUUGUUAUAGGUUAUUAACUUUAAAACUCAUUGAUAGAACUUUACUGUUAAAUGAGCAUUCGAAAAUAUGGGAAGAAUUUGUAAAAUGCACAGUCACUGGACAACAUUAUUAAUAUUACUCUUUUUAUUAAAUUGGGUAAUAAAAAAUAAAUUACCAGUAGAUUUACAACACUAAUAAUAAAGGAUAUUUUCACUUGGUUAUCAAAAUAAUGAUAUACCACUAAGGUUAACUAUCAAAUGUAAGAGACAAAAAAUAUGACCAAUAAUAAUUUUUGAUUUAGAUAUCUAAUAGGUACAUCGUACAUGAACGCUAAAAUAUAAUUUUGUUUUUAUUGAAAAUCCAUCUAAUUAUAUACAGAAUCAAUGUAAUACAGUUUGAAACAUACAAGUUAAGUUAUUUCUACAGUUAAUUUAAGUUGAUUCUUCAGUGAUCUUUUUUUUUGUAUCGAGUUCUGCUGAAGAUAGUGUAUAUUGUUUCAAAUAUUGAACCAAUGUUAACUGUGUUUGUCCUAUGCUUUGCAAACAAUUAUUAUUCACUUGAUUUAUUACAUGAAUCAGUCUUGCUCUGGCAUUAUCAAUAUCUACCAAUUUUCCAUAUUCUAUUGUUUGGUCUUUACUUAAUAACUUUCCAUCAACUAUGCAAGCUAAUAAAAUUAAAUGUGGCAUUUUCUUAAUAAUUUUCAACAAUUUUGGUACCUGUGUAGUACUGCUAUAUACCAUUGAACUGUGUGAUUGAAAUAAUUCUAGUACUGGAGCGUAAUUAGUUUCAGCUAAUCCUUUUUUUAAAGUACUUCUACUAUAAAUAACUUCAUUCAUUCCUGCCAUUUUGAAAGUUUUGUUACAUUUAAAGUUUAUUUCGCCCUUCACUGGAUUCUUAUGAAAUAUUGCAAUCAUUGCACUCUGUUCAAAUAUUUGUUUAACUUCUCGGGCUAAAAUAUUUUCAUACGGGUUAUCUUCAAUGUUUUGUAAUUGUUUGAAGCUGGUUCCAAUCAAUGGUACUUCCAGUGGUUUAGGCCAUGGAUACCGAGGUCUUGCAACUGCUUCAAUGACAGCUCGAUAAUGAUCUGGUUUCCUGGGUUUCUGAACAUUGAUUUUUCUGUAUCGUACACUGAUGACGUUUGGUAAAAAUCCUCUGCUACAAAUUGGUUUAGUUGAACAGUUAAACAUGGUUUUUUUGGUUUUAAUAUUAUUGUUUAAAAUUGUUUAUAAAGAAUUAUUUAUAAUUCAUGUUUUAAGUUACAACGGGAUUAAAAUUAUUUAAAAACGUUCGAUAACCAAUUACAUUAAACUCUUAAACCCUUAGUACUGAUAGUAGAACGAUAAGUCGAUAACCUCAAUUCUUUUUUAUUUUCAAACAAUUGCAUAUACAGUGCAGCCACACAAUAUGUGCUUCCAUUAUUAUUGGUAGUGUCAUGGCCGACAUCAAAACAAUUUUGUUAUUUUGUAAUGUUUAAUAUUUGAUUUUUAUCCAAAGUUUGAAUAGGUAAAUUGAACGAGCAUUCAUUUUUCUCUGUGCAUUUGAAUAAUUUAUUUUGAUUUUUAUUACAUUCAAAAUGGGCUGAGGCCCAAGUACAAUCUACAAAUUAAAUAUAUAUUUAAAAAACAUAUUUUUUGAAUCAUUAACAUUGCAACCCAAUUCUUUGAGAAUUUAAUACUUAAUAAUUUUAUUAACAAUUCCAAAUUAAUUAUUUGACUAUUUUAAUUUCCACCUUGAUCUAUUUAUAGUAUAAUAAUGUAAUAUACUACAGUAUUGUUUAUCAUAACAAUUAAUUUGUUCGUACUAAUUAUUAAUUUAUUGAUUUAGAACAGUAUACACAAUAAUACAUUGCGAUUGUAACAAAUCAACCUCUUUACGGAUUAUUAGUUUUUAAUUUGGCAUUAUUCUAAAUUAACCAACUACAUAACGUUAUUCAAUUAGAUAAUGCAAAUAAUUAAAAAAAAAAAAUAGGUUUGGCGGGUAUUAUAUAUUUUUACUAAUUAAAUUGCACCUAACAAUGAAUAUAUACCGUAUAAGAUAGAUAAGAUAAAACAUUUUUGUAUCUGUAAAAUUAUACAAAAACUGUUUCAGAUUUAAUUUACUACCUACGACGUUCGGUGAAGUAAUUAAUAUUAGAUUCGGAAAAAAUUAAAUGCAUCUAUAUUAUACAAUAUAACGUUUCCAUUUAUCCAUUGUAUCAACCCUAAAUAUUAUUGUAUUUUUAAAUUGCAUUUUUGUUAACAAAAAAACUUGGGAAUAUUAUGAAAAGUAUUGGUCCUUACCGGCUACUUAUGAUUUUAUAUUUUUUAUAUAUAUAUAUAUCUCUAGAUAUUCUAUAAUAUUAUGUUCGGUUAUUGUGAUUACACGAGUAAUAUAACAAAUGUAAACCUAUAACAAUAAUAUAUAACUUAUAACAAUAAUAUAGCUGACAAGCCCAGCAUUGUAAUAUUAUAUUAUUAUGUAAGUAUAUAUUUUUAUAUUAUUCAAAAGUGGUUGGUAAUAUUAGUUACUACGCUUACUUACACACACACACACAACAUAAUAAUUUUUUUUUCUGUUAUAAUAUAUACACGAUUUUCGUCGUAUCGGUUGUAUAAGUCGUUGUGGGCGUGCAAAAUUGUGUUGAGUCGGACGUCUGCGCCGAAAAAAUCAUAUUUAUAUUGUAGACCGUUAUUAUAAUAAUAUAAAUGCUUACAAUAUUAUACUAUUUUAUUUAUGACCGUUCGAGAAAUCCCAUCUAUUAUGUUUUUUUUUUCUUCGUAAUAUUAUUUUCUACUCUAAAUUCUUGUAAGCUAGUCGAAUGUCUAGUUUGCUGAGCCUUUGUAUCUCUAAAAGCUAACAUCAAAUGAACAAUAUGCAAAUUGCUCUAUAGCUUCGUCUCGGUUCGUCGGUCACGGGACAGGCGCCAUGACCGGUAGUCUGAGCUGCUGCUCGUGAUGACGUCGUGCGAGGAAAGGGGUCUGGCCGGCAUUCCAUAAUAAUAAUAAUUUUUGUAAAAAUAUUGUACGCGCUCACGGUUUUAUUAUUAUUAUUACAGUACGUACUACUUUAAUCGUAUUUUCUCAUAUUAUAUUAAUUGUAUUAUUGUAAACGUUUUUCGCCACUUUGAGCCGGCGCUUUACGCUCAUAAUAAAAAGCUAUAGGUAGAGUAAAAUAAAAUAAAAUUAAAUUUGUGUAGUACAAGUACACGAAGUCGUUUUGCUCUAUCGAAAAACCAUCGAAAAAUAAUAACAUUUAUAUAGCUAGUUGUAUAAUUUGUUAAUUAUCUGUAUGUGGAUAUCUAUUAAUAUAUAAAGUGAAAUAUUAUUGUAUAGUUUUGGAUUUUAUUCGUCACGCGCGUUUUUCGAACCCGUGGAAUUUUUGACUUUUUUUCCCCCUCACAGUUCGCUAUUCGUUUCGUGAGAGAGGGAAAGAGCGCCGCCGCACCCCAUUGUCGAAAACCACCUGCCGCCCUCUGAGCAACAGCCAACAGGUUGUUUUGUCAGUUAACGUACCACACUACCGCCAUGUCUGCACUAUAAUAUAGUCUGUAUGUAUUUUAAUAGUACAAUUUGUGUUACCUACUUAAUUUAAAUAACUUAUUAUUUGAUUGUGGGGAGUGUGUAAGUGAAUGUAUAAUACCCACCGUAACCUAUAGUCGAUUAUCAUUUUUUUUUUUUUUUUAAAUUAAUAUUUUCUUCAUCAUUACGUUCGUGGUAUUUUUUCUAAUAAUAUUUUUCCAUGAUGAUUUAUUAUAAUUCAUAGUAGGUAUAUACAAUUACAGAGAAACAUUCAAAAUAUUAACCGGUUGGUAAACCUGAUACACUCUCGUACUCACGCACGCACACAUCAAUUCAUCCAGGCGUGAAACCAUUGUGACUUUCCAUUACAAUGAACCUCAUAUAGGUCCAUUUUUUUGUCGUUAUUAUUUUCUCACAGUUUAUUCACAUUCAACAAUAGAGAUGGUUGCUGACGCGCUCUACAGGUACCCAUUUUGUGGUACUUAUUUUAGACUUUUUUUUUUUAUGUUUUUAAAUCUCAUUUGUUUGGUUGUAAACGAAGUGAAAAAGUAGGAGGAGGAAGGUUAGACCUCGAUAUUAUUAUUAAUGAUCAUGAAAAUUUUAUUACAUUAUUAGACUCAUUUUAACCAAUAUUAUUUUUUAGUGUGUAAAGAAUGGUUAGUCCACGAAGACGGUGCUUUGGCGUAUCAUUUGCAAAAAUUGGAAGGUCAGUCUACUUGCUUUUGUAUUUUUAUUGAACCGAACAGUUAAGAUAAUUUCUAUAAUUUUACAGUUGAUGAACAUUACAAUGGAAAUCGAUCACGUAAUGCCAUCGUUCGUCAAGACUUACCUACUGCUAAAGAGGAGCAAAAGCGCGAAAUACGAGAAGCUGAAGAACGUUAUUGUUCGUUUAUCAAAGAGCAGUGAGUAAAAUAGCUUAAGAUUUAAUUAUUUAGCCUCUCAAAAAUACCUAUAGUUUUAUGCAUAUCAAAUAUGUCAAAAUAUUAUUUGGAUUUCAGAUAAAUUAGAAAACCAUAUUAAAACAUGGAAAUUUAAAUUAACAUUAGGUAUAACUAUUUAUUAAAUUUCUUAAAGAUACAAUAAUAAUAUGUUUUAUGUUUGAAUUAUUAUAAUAUAAUAUAUAAUAUUUUAUAAAUAUGUUUAAAUUGCAUAAAAAUAAAUAAUUGUAGAAAAGUGUAUAUAUCUAUUGCCGAUACAUAUUUAUGUUAACAAAUUUGUAUAUUAUUUAUUUUUAGGGAAAAAAAAGAUCUCAAAAUUGCUUUAGAAUUAGCUGAUCAGUUGGCAGCUCAAAAGCAACCUACUGAAAUUGGAGUUAGGACAAAUCCAAUUGGUGAUAGACCAGGAAUAUUAAAAAAACAAAGUCAACCAGAAUUCACUAGAAAGUAAUUUUUUUUUUUUAAUUAAGGACUAUUUUAGUUAUAAAACAGUAUAUGAAAAUAGAUAUUUUCAAGUUACCAACAUAUUUUGAAAAUUAACACAUUAAAAAAUAAAAUAAAUCAAUUUAAGUAUAAUAGAUAAAUUGAACUUCAACUAGAUAUAUUUAUAGCAGUCUGCAAAAUUUCAAGUACAUGAAGUUUCAUUGUAGUUAAGUAUAAUUAAAAACAACCAAUAACACCACCUUGUUUCAUUAGAAUCUUAUAGAAUACCGAUUUUAAUUCUUGAAAAUAAAAUUAAUUAGGUUAUAAUGUUUAUACAAAAUACAUUUUAUUUAUAUAGUUUCGUAGAAACUGAUGAAUAUACAGAAUUUGAUAUUGAUGAUAUUUUGCAUGACAUUGAUUACGAAGAAGAAGUUAAACGUAGAAUCCAAGAGCAGAAGGAUGCUGUGAGUAAACUCCUUUAGUUUGUAUAAAUAUAUAUUAUAUUGUGUGUUAAAAUCUAGUCAAUGUGUUUGACGGGUGUAGUCUUUAGUGCACGUUAAUAUUUACAAUCGUGACUAGAGUUACACUCGUCAAAUUCAUCAGGCAAAAUAGCAGUGGAUCUAAAGUGGUAAAUAAAAUGUUAAACGUAAUACAUACACUAAACAAUUUAAAACAAAUAAAUGAAUAUUAUGCUUAUAUAAUUCUAAGGAAUUAGCAAAAAGAUUGCAAGAACAAGAAGGACGUUCCCUGUCUAUUGAAGAUCGAGAUAGAUUAAUUGCAAUUGAAACCCAAGACUGUGAAUUGGCUAAACUUUUACAGGACAAGGUAAUUUAGGGUUUGUUUUAUUUAAAAAACUUAAUUUCAAGAAUAUGAUAAUUAUUUUAGGAAAAAGCCCGAUUAAGAAGAGCUCGUGAAAAAGCAAAACAAAAAGCAUUGUUAAAAAAACAGCAACAAUUAGAAGAAUUACCCGAAACUACAGCUUCAAUGCAAGUACCUCUUUCUAAUAUUGCUAUUGCAAUCGACCCUACAUAUAAUUCCAGAAGAACAGAAUUACAACAAGAUGUUCUAUGUAAGUUUUUAAGUUAUUAUUAUUAUUGUUAUUAUUUUUUAACAAUUUCGACUAAAUUUGUCAAUUUUUAAAUUUAUUUCAGAUACAUCUUCUCUCUCAUCAUCUUUAGACGAUGUUCCUCCAUACAUGCCUAUUCAAGGACAACGUCGCAAUAAUCAAACAGAUAAAAAAAAAAAGUCUAAAGCAACUGAUGGUGUUGCAUCAUUUUUUAAAGUGUUCAAAUGAUUUAAGUUUUUACGGUGAAAAUACAAAAUAUGAUAUUUUCAUAGCAAUUUACUAUUAAUCAAAACUUCAUAUUCCACCAAAUUAUUAAACUGUUAUUAUUUUUUAUAAUGUACUUAAUUAUUAAAAAAAAAAAAAAUUAUUUUUCGUAAGUAAGAUUGUUUCUUAUUCUAUUGUAGUGGGAAGUAUUGAAUUAUUUUGAAAGUUUCUUUCAGACAUAAUUAUGGUUUAAUUUUUUUCAAUAAGUGCAAUAACGAUAUAUACAUUAUAGUGUUGAAUAUAUUUUAAGUUAUUUACUAGGUACAUUCAUAUUUUUGUUAUGAAUUUGUAAUAUUGGUUGAUUCAUUAAGUUUUAUGUCUAGUACAAUUUAAACGGAGGCUAGAGAAACAAGUGUAACUGACCUGGCUACCAAAAAUAUUUUAUUAUUUGUUUAUUCCUCGAAUCAAUUUAUUGGAAUUCUUUUUUCAUUAAUAAUAUUAUUUGGUUGUCAGUACUUCAAAUUAAGAAGUAUAACAAGUAUACCUUUUAGGUUAAAAUAACAACUAAUGUAAAUAUUUGAAAUAUUUUGUAUCUCAAUCCAGUGGCAUACCCAGGAAUUUUCAAUGGGAUUGGAUGCAGUAAAUAAAUUACAUAAUCAUCUUCUAUACCCAAUUUGACUAUGUGUAAUAAUUGUUAAUUUAAAAGCCAAUUUUGAAAAAUCAGAAGCUUGUGAGACGAGAAGGAAUUUCAACUGAUAACAGUAUGCAGGGGAUAGGCGUCACCAUAGACCAGUGGUUCUUAACCGGUGUUCCGUGGAUUUGGUAUAAGUGUUUCACUAAAAUUUUAAAAUAUGUGAAAAAAAAUUUUUAGUUCCAUUGUCUUAACAUUUUAACUUUUAUGGACUUCCAAAACACAAAAGUAUAAGACGUGUAUAACAAUAACUUUCUAGUGUAUAGAAUCAUUUUAGGUUUUGUUGUUUUAUUUUUGUACACUAAAACUUUAUCGUUAACUUUCAAAUUAUUUGUGUCUGUAUUUCUAUAAUAUAGCUUAUUAUUAUAUACCAAAUUUAAAAAAAUUUCUGAAAAAGCAAUUUCAAUUUUAUUACAAUUUUCAACCUAAUACUUGUGUGAGCUUGGAUUUUCAACAUUGACGAAUAUCAAAACAAAGAAACGAGAAAGGCUUACAAAUAUUGAAGAGGAAAUGAGAGUAGCAAUAUCCUACAUACGGCCAGAUAUUGAAAAUAUCUAAAAAUCAUCAGGCACAAAUAUCUCAUACAAAUUAUUUUAAAGUUUUUUUAACUUUUUAUAUUAUUUUUUAGUAACUAACACUAACAUUUAUGGCAUGCAAACAAUUAUGCUAUGCAUUCAUUGUUGAUACAUUAAAAAAUGUAUGUAUUACUAUUUUAUUUUACGGUUGUGUUCCGCGUAAAUCUUACAAAAUGUUAAGUGUUCCAUCAUUCAAAAAAGGUUAAGAACCACUGCCAUAGACCAUAGGAAUCCAGGAUCAGAAGUCUAAAAAUACAAAAUAUAUUCAAUUUUCAAUUUUAAUUACAUAAUAAUAUAUAAUUAAUAUUCAUUUUAAAAAUGUAAAAAUAUUAAAAUGUUUUUUUAUACCUAUAUAUGAUAUUAUAUUUUUUAAAACAAUGUUUAUGCCAAUCCUAAGUAUAAAAACAAGCUGUCAUCCAAUCAUCAAAAAUCGUGACUAUUUUUAUGUACAUAUAUUUUAAAUGUUUUUUGACUAUUAAAAAAUUAGGGGCAUCGCCUCCUCCCCUCCCACGCAAUAACAUGGGAGCAGAUACGGCUAAAAAAUCGGAGAUAUCUUUAGUAGUCGAACCACUAUAAAGUGUAAAUUUAAAUGUGUAGAUAACCAUGCUACGAACAAAUUUUUAACUUAUCUUGAC